AGCUGAAGAUUUAACUCCAACAGCCACUCCAACAGGGCUGAUACGAAGAGCCGUUUCUUGAGUUAUACUCACUUCCUACUUUGACUCGUGUCCUUUCACCUUCAGCCUAAGACACUUCUCCGACCAAUGACUGUCAAUUAAUUAAUCACGUGAAACACUGUAGAAGGACAUUAAGAGCUGGGUGCUGAGAGCGGGUAACAGAAAGCAACUCGACUUUGACCAUUACUUCUUCCUACAAAAUCACCCUGACCAUCAUAUAGUGUAUACCAUAAUAAUGGAUACUGUAAUAAUAUGAUGUGUUAUAAAAAGAUUGUGUGAAAGACAUAAUGCAUGCUAUAACCAUUGGAUUUGGCUGUUUCCUUUGUAUGUGUAUCUUGGCCGUUCUGGCAGAGAGAAAUAUUCCAGAAAAUGGCCCAGACUUAGAAGUUGUUAUUCCAAGAAUCGAAGACCAAAAACUCCAAAAGAAGGGAUGGAACAGUCUUUCUGGAAUGUGGGGCAAGCGGGACUGGAAUGGCUUGUCAGGAAUGUGGGGCAAACGGAACUGGAACAACCCUUCUGAAACUGUAAACAAACGAGGCUGGAAUGAUCUGUCAGGAAUGUGGGGAAAAAGAGACUGGAAUGAUCUAUCAGGAAUGUGGGGAAAAAGAGACUGGAAUGAUCUAUCAGGAAUGUGGGGUAAAAGAGACUGGAAUAACCUAUCAGGAAUGUGGGGUAAAAGAGACUGGAAUAACCUAUCAGGAAUGUGGGGCAAACGAGGCUGGAAUAACCUAUCAGGAAUGUGGGGCAAAAGAGGCACAUACACUGACAGUCUGAAUAGGAUCUGGCCCAUUCCCCCAGUUGAAGCAAGUAGUAACAUGUGGGAAAUAUCAGGAAUGCAAGGACCGUUAAAAAGUAGACGCCAGGAGUCUACAGGCAAGGAAAUAUCGGAGGAGUGAAUGAUGAAAUGACUGAUGGUGUUAAAGUUAUAAUCAUUGUUUUGUUUUUAAGAAAGUGAUUAAAUUCCUAAUAUAGCAGCAAUCUCUAAUUUUAUGGAUUAAGUUACAUAUGCUAGAAUCUCAAAUAUGUAUUUUUAUGGGCCCAAAAGUUUUCGUUUUCCAGCCGUUCAUGUUUAAUGUUCUAUACACUUGAUGCACGGGAAGUACCUACGUCAUUGAAAUCCAUCGACUCGGCGCCCAGUUUUGUUACUGAACUUGCUAUAUUUACGUGGAUAUAUUGAAGUGUUAAAUGUAGAAUCUCAAUGACGGAUUUUUUUUCGGGAGGUCACGAAUGAAAUAUGGACUGAGAAUGAAUGUAUCAAUACAAAUAAAUAUUGUGAAUCAUUG